GAGGCCGGAAGUGGAGGCUCUGGAGCGCUAACGGCUCCUGGUUUUUCCUCCUGAGCUGUACGGCGGCCGCGAGGGGCCAGCCAGCGCGCGGUGCUGGAGUGAGCGGGCCGUGCGGGUAACAAAUUCAUGUCUUGCAAGACAGUGAUGGCUUUUUCUCUAGAAUUUGAAUAUGGAGGCCACAGGGACAGAUGAAGUGGAAAAGCUAAAAUCCAAGUUUAUGUCUGCAUGGCACAACAUGAAAUACAGUUGGGUAUUGAAAACAAAAACUUACUUUAGCAGAAAUUCUGCUGUCUUCUUGCUGGGAAAAUGUUACCAUUUCAAGUCUGAUGAACCCAGUGAACUCUCUCCAGAUGGAUCCUGCUUGGAUAUAGUUGACAAAGUCAUUUCUGGAAACGUAGAAGAGUUUCGUAAAGAUUUUAUUUCUAGAAUAUGGUUGACUUACAGAGAGGAUUUUCCUCAAAUAAAAGAAUCUGCUUUGACAACAGACUGUGGUUGGGGUUGUACACUGAGAACUGGCCAGAUGCUGCUGGCUCAAGGGCUUGUGCUUCAUUUUCUUGGUAGAGCCUGGACCUGGCCGGGUGCACUGAACAUUGAAAAUUCAGACUCUGAAUCAUGGACAAGCCACACAGUGAAAAAGCUGACUGCAUCAUUUGAAGCAUCACUUACGGGAGAGAGAGAACCCAAGGUCCUGUCAAACGAUCAUAAGGAAGCACUAAAGAGAGACUGUGAUGACAGUGAAAUGAGAGAUGAAGUUUAUCACAGAAAAAUAAUCUCUUGGUUUGGAGAUUCUCCACCCGCAUCUUUUGGCUUGCAUCAGCUAAUAGAAUAUGGAAAGAAGUCUGGGAAAACAGCUGGAGACUGGUAUGGGCCUGCUGUAGUAGCACACAUUUUAAGAAAAGCUGUUGAAGAAGCAAGAGACCCUGAGUUACAAGGGAUAACUAUAUAUGUUGCUCAGGACUGUACAGUUUACAGUUCGGAUGUUGUUGAUAGACAGUGCUCUUCCAUGGGCUCUGAAAAAGCAGAUAUGAAAGCUGUAAUUAUAUUAGUUCCGGUAAGACUUGGUGGAGAGAGAACCAACAUGGACUACUUGGAGUUUGUAAAGGGAAUUUUGAGUCUUGAAUACUGUGUUGGUGUUAUUGGUGGGAAACCUAAGCAGUCAUAUUACUUUGCUGGAUUUCAAGAUGACAGUUUGAUUUACAUGGAUCCUCAUUACUGCCAAUCUUUUGUAGAUGUCAGCAUAAAGGAUUUCCCUCUUGAGUCAUUUCACUGUCCUUCCCCCAAAAAGAUGUCAUUCAAAAACAUGGAUCCUAGCUGUACAAUAGGAUUUUAUUGUAGAAACAUGCAAGACUUUGAAAGAAUUUCUGAAGAAAUAACUAAGAUGCUGAAAUCUUCAUCUAAGGAGAAAUAUCCCUUGUUUACUUUUGUAAAGGGUCAUUCUAGAGACUAUGACUUUGCCUCCAGUCCACUCCAUGAAGAAAAUGACCUUUUCUCCGAGGAGGAAAAGAAAAGAUUAAAAAGAUUUAGUACAGAAGAGUUUGUCUUGCUUUAAGGAUAUUUUACAGUAGGGUAUUGGCAGCUGUCCAGGAGAACACUUGCCUUUUAAAAAAAAUCACACAACACAAGGCAAGCAAUAUUGAAAUUGAUCUAUUUUCAUAAAGAUUAUAAUGUCGUAUAUGUUUGGUCUUUAAAAUGUCACUUAUAAAUGUAAUUAAUUAUUUUUGUUUGUUCAUUGAUAGUUGGAUGAAUAUGAUGACACUUCUUGUUAGUGAAGAUAGAUAGCAUUGUUUAGAGCCAGACACAAUAUAGCGUGUAAGGACAUGCCCUCCUUGAUAGCUCUGCCAAUGAGCCUAAGUCUUGACCUGCAGUCCCCACUGCUGUUCCAGUCCUGAACAGUCUGCCAAUUAUAUGGUGGUUUUGUGGUGUGGACAUGUCAUCUAGUUUUGAGACUACUGGAUUGUUUCCCGUUGUAAGCAAAACUUGAAUCUAGGGCUCCUGAAGAAAAAGCCUUGUUCAUUUAACCUAUUUUGCUGUCUAAGUCCCUAUAAUGUUUAAUAAUGUAACCAUGAGGUACCUUUCUAACAUUGCACUACUCAAGAUGUAACUUUGAUAUAUCAAUACUAAUUGUUAGCUACAAUCCAGAUGCAAUUAUAUAAGCAGAAUUGUGAGUUAAGAUACUAUUUAGCAAUAUGAUUUUAUAAUGGCUACUCAUUAAACUUGCUGUUGAACCUUAAUAUCAGGAAUGAAUAUAAAGUAUUGGCUUUUCCCUACCAUUUUUAAAGGUUAUGUUGUUAAUAUUAACUGCAACCAAUCAAAGCAGAUAGACAGUUAUUAAAUGGGAGCAGUGUUUGUUUCCUGUCUCGACAAUAUAAUUGAGACUUCUAUUCCUACCCAGGCAGCUUCUAAAUCAGAGCAUAAAACAGCAAAUUGGGGGUAGACAGUAAAUAUUCUGGGAUAUGAUCUUCUGAUAUGUGCCAUUAUUAUACAUUGCUCUUGGUGAUCUUAGAUGUAGAGAACAUCUAGCAAAUAAGUCUACAUGAACAGUUUCAUGCUUUAACAAAACAAAUUCAGAGUUUAAAAUACACAUUUAACACUGCCUACAUUUAAAAAUAACUUUAUUAAAGGUGUGAGAUUAAAUGCAUGUACUUAUGAACUAUAAUGGUAAAUUUCUCUUGCUUGAAUUGUUUGAAUUCUGGAUCUAAAAAAAAUUGAGGUAUUGAGGCAAAUACUCUGUAAUAAGGCAAAUUUUAUUGUAUUGUAAACCAGCUAUUAACUUAUUCUAAAGUGCCAUUUAGGCACAGAAUGCACAAAUGUUGUCUACCCAAAUAUUAAAUAUUCUAUGUAUCACUAAAGUAAUCUUUUCCUUUUAUAAGAAUGGAGAGUAGAGUUACUAGUAGGGAGAUUUUAGGCAAAUCUGGGACAAGCGCAUGUUCGUACCAGAGUUGAAUUAAUUUUCACAUUUGUUCAUUGAGUUAUCACUCCAAAAAAGGAGGAUUAUUUUUCAGUUUCAUUUGUUUUCAUUUUUUAAAUUUUUUCCAGUUGAUUGGAUAAGGUAAUUUGCUCCUUAUUAAAUAAUAUUUUUAAUCAGUGUAACAUUACUUUUAGAUCCUGCAUAUACAGAAGGAAUCAGUUAGGGCUGAUCUUAUUUGAUAUUUUGUCCUUAAUAAUCCGGAAGUAGUAGUAAAAUUAACAUGUUAAUGAAAUGCAGAUGUUAAUUUGGGAAGAGUUAUGAAUUUUAGUGAGGGCUAGAAAAUAUUGUAGAUUUGAAUUUGGCUUGCAUUUUUCUAAUGAUAUUUUUGCUAUGGAAAAAUAAUGCAAAAAAUAAAUAUUAGGGAGUAUGUCCAGAAAACAAAACUACUGAACAAGACCUAUGUGGGAUAGUGGACAACAAAUUAGACAUGAACUUGCACUGUGCAUUCAAAAAAAAUGAAAGAAAAAGCCAGUGCAAUUCUGGGCUAUGUAUCUAGACACUUAUGUAAUAAAACAGGGAGGUAGUAAUUGUUCUUUCUGAUCUCAUUGAUACUUUCCUUUCUGCUGCCUCUUUGCCAGGAAGGUAUUAACAAAUUAAAGUUCACUGAAAAACAAUAAAAAUGAUCAGGGGCCUGCAGGCAUAGAUUUAAGGCAAAUUAACAAAUAUGUAUGGCUUUGUUAAUCUAAUACUAAGGGAAGGGCAUGACACUUUACAAAUAUUUAAUGUAUAAACACUGGUGAGGAGAUGAGGAAUUACUUGGGUGGUACAAGGGCAUAUAACUUUCUGAAAUAGGAUGAAACUAAAGGAAAAACUUCAUACAGGAGAAUAUUAGGCUGUGUAACGCUCGCAAGGAAGUGUUAGAAGUCCCAUCACAUGUGACUAUUGAUACCUGACUGACCCAAACACUAACAAAUGUACAAUAAGGAAUAAUUAUGCGUAAGGUGAACUAGAUAAACUAAUAACAUCCCUCCCGUUUCCAAUUUCUUUGACUGUAAUAAUAAAAGAAUAAAAUUAGUAUGCCUAAAAGGCUUUAAUGCAUUGGAGUUUACAAGUAACUUUUUAAGCAAGGAACCAAGAGUGACAUUAAUUUAGUGAAUAUUUAAGUGGAUACCCAGUAGACUUUUUCCUGAUUCUAUGAUAUACUUAGUUUUGACCAUGGGGAAUAAAUAUGCUACAGUAAAUAUUACAAUAAGUUGGUAUGUAAGCAUGUAUGUACAUAAAACAUCACAUAUCUGUUAAAAGCAAUGUCCCUCCAUUUCCUGUUAGAGGCCCCAUUCUUUACAGCAGUAACCAUAACUGAGCUGCUAGUCUGAUGUCUCAGGUUUGUCCUAUGGUGGAUAGCUAAGAAGCAGAAUUAAAUUUUGGAACUGGAGUGGGUUUGAGAGGGAAGGACAUUUUUGCAAAGUGGGAAAGAUUAGGUUUGGUAUUUAAACUAAAACAAAAUUAUCUGGGCUAGGUAACUUUAUACAUGUUUCAUCUAAGAGUAAAUCUGUUUGCCACAAUUACAGACUUCAAUUCAACAAACCAUUUCAGCAUGUUUUAACUUUAAGCAUAGUACUUCCUGUUUUUAAUAAAACCUUCUUGCUGUAAACUUACCUACAAAUCGAUUAUAGGUAAAAGUGCCUACUGCAGUUCAGUGCAUGUAACUUUUAACCUAGUAUGCUGACUUAAGGAUUGCCAUUUCCUCCUCCUUUGCUCCAUGGCGGAAGUCACACAUCACAAAAUAAAACAUGCAUGUAACCACACAAGCUAACUGUGUCUAUAGAGAUGCAUGUAAGGAUGAUUUUAUGUACGUGAGAAGAAUGGAUUGGCGUUCUGACUGCAAAUAGAAAUGAUUUUAUUGUAGAUAAAUGUUAAACAUAAAAUGUAUCUAACACUUCAACAGGUUCACAUUGUUCUAGGAUCUGUAAGAACAUUUUCAUUUCUUACUCUUUUAUAACUUGUGAAGAAGGCCUAAGGUUGAAAUACCUUAGCUAACUUAAUUUUAAUGAUAUACCUUUUGUUCAGUGUAUAUUUAUGAUAGGAAAACUUGCAUUGCAAAACUGUCAAUAAUAUUAAGACAGCUGGUGAUGAUGUUAUUGGGUCCUUUAGUCUACCAUGAUAGUGUGGCACUCAGAGCCAGCUGCACAAAUUUGUUAGAACUAGUAACAAUUUUCAGUUACCUUUUCUCUCACUCCUCCAACUUCCAUCUUGUUCCUUUUUCCAUGUUGGUGAUUUAGGUAAAUGCCCCAAAAUCUGUGUAAAUAAGCAUCUAAUAAGGAAGUGGAAAUGGGCGACAGAAAUGAAAACUGGGGAAUUUUUUGAAGGAGGCAUAGGGAUUUAAUUAUAAUUCUAUGGUGGUACUUGGAAAAAGUAGGAUAGUCCAGGCCAAAUUCCAGCUUGGGUACUUAAGGAAGAAUUUAAGUUUUCCACUUGUACUUUCAAUGAAAUGUGCUUAUUUCUGGCCUUAAAUUUUUUUUCCUCCAUCCCUCCUGGUCAGAUCACUUGCAGCCUCUGUUCUAUAACCUCUCUUCCCUGUAUUCCUGGCCAAUUUGAUCUGUUACCAUGGAUUUAACUAUCAUGUCUAUGUUAGUGACUCCUGCAUGUCCUUUGCUACCCAUGACAUUUCACCUUUGAUGGUCUUCAUCUCUACCUGUCUACGUAGUUUUCAAAAUGCCCUAUACUAGGCCUCGCUAUUUUAGAAAUACAGCUAGUUUCAUGACUUUUCCAUGUUGCCCAUAAAGCUAAUUACAUAGGUCUUGAAACCGAAUAGUUCAAGAUUCUAACUCCUUCCAGUCUUACUUCCUGUUUAGAUCCCAUUGCCCCAAUGAAAAAUGGCUAAGGCACAGAAAGAAGACCUUGGUUUUGAAAGCAUUCUAGUAUAUUUCCUGACUCCAGGACAGGCAAGCUCACAGGUAGUCCUCAUCCCUGAAGGUCCAUGUACAGUGGUGACACAAGUUAAAUUACUAGAAAUUAAUGUUUUUCUGUAACUACAGGGGACUUUAAUUGGAAACUAUGUUAAUCGCAUAGUAAUUAUCUUUACUUCUACUGCAUUAUCUCCUGAAAACUGUGCAAUUAAUUUGUGUCAUCACUGUUACUGCUGCUGCCUUUAAACACAAACCAACUGUGCAUUAGUUACUCACACACCCAGCAGUGGCCUAUAUUCUUAAGUGGCUUAUACAAAUCAUUGACUGAUUAGUUACUUGCUUUCUUGAUGGAACCAGCGUCUCAAUAUCAUGGAAUGUGGCAAAUAGGGGCAUCUUUUAAAUAGGUUUGUUCUUUCCCCACCCAAUAAUUGUUUCUGCUGUUCCCUUUCUUUUAUUAGGAGGGGGGCAUUUUUGUUUAUCAAGUCUAAUAGCAGCAGGAGUCACCUCUGCCAGAUCUUUGAAUAACUAGCUGAGACUUUGUCUUCUGCAUCUAGUCAAGGGUAUAUGCCUCCAUUUAUCAAAGUGAAGCGAAGUCUUGGGGUUGUCUUCCACUCAUCUCUAGAUGAUCAGUGACCACAACCCCUUUUUCCACCAGCUUUCUAUGAAAACCUGGUUCUGAUGACCUACAGAGGGUCCAUUUUUGUGAUUGUGCACCUACCUAUUCAAUGAGACAGACUACCCGUCAUGAGCACUUCACCUACGUGUUCCACUUUCUGUUGGUUCCCAGUUUGUGUCCAGUAUCCAUUCAAAGCCAUGGUCCUGAUCUUCAAAGGCAUCUGUGGGAGACCACAUCACUCAGGAUUUACCAAGACAACUGCUCUCUGGGACAGUUCAACUUUCAAAGUGCCAAGACAAAGCAUAUGAGAGCCAGAAGUGUGGAGGGAUAGCUCAGUGGUUUGAGCAUUGGCCUACUAAACCCAGGGGUGUGAGUUCAAUCCUUGAGGGGGCCAUUUAGUGAUCGGGGGCAAAAAUCUAUCUGGGGAUUGAUCCUGCUUCAAGUAGGGGGUUGGACUAGAUGACCUCCUGAGGUCCCUUCCAACCCUGAUAUUCUAUCAUCUUGGUCAAGGGGAUACACAGGUAGAACAAAUUUCCAGAGGAAAUUUGAUUAGGCUAGAGUCUGACUGCUUUCAGGACAUAUUCCAAAACCUUGCUCUUUGACAAAGUAUUUUCAACAUGAUAGGCAGGGCCAAUCAGAGGUGGGCAGGAGGAAGGAGGGCCAUUUGGCCUGGGCCUCAAGCUCAAAUGGGGCCUCACAUUUAGACACCUGUUAAUUUUUUGGCAUUUGAUACGUUUUGCAACUUUUUUAUGCACAUCCCUAUCAGACCAGAAAAGCAUUUGUUAAAUAAAAAUAUAUUCAAAUUAUGUCUCACUCUUCUCUUGGUGCCUUAUUUUGUUUUCAUGUGUCAUCAUUUUUUAUUUUUAAUAUAGCUAGGGGCCUCAAAAGCUGGAAAUAGCAGAAGUGAGCAUGAAAGGAGGGCUAAGACUAAGGAGCUUUCUGCUUGUGAAAUGACCAUAGAAAUCUGUGUGCGCAGCUGUGUAUUAGUUUUACAGCAAUCAGGUGUGUUAGGCUUGGAUGGUUGUGUCCUAAUUUCUUAUCUUGUUAAGCAAAGAAUUUUUCAGCCCAAGGAAAGUCUUGUGAAUUUUUAAUCUCUAGACGUAAGAAGUGGUGUUCAUGGAUAUCAUGAUGCAAUCUUAAUUGCUGAAAGUGUGGCACUUACAUGGGGGAGCAUGUUUGUAAGUUACGUUAAUUACAGUAGAGAAUGAGCCCACUCUGGAGACCUGAUUUAUUUCCAGGAGUUAUUGAUGACCUGUAAAAUCAAAUGGUGAGUGAGUUAUAACGGUCAAUAGUAGCAGAAAUGAACAUAAACAGCAUGUUUAAAGUCCAGCCCACCUCCUGUUCUGUUUAUGCAUCGUUUGUAUUGAAGGACUAUUUUUGUGUAUGUGAUGGAGCAAAUAGUCUGUGGCUGCAGUACCAGGAUCCCCCAAUAGGGGCAGAUGGUGCUUGAUUAUUUUAAGGUCUCCCAAUCCAUGAAUUAUCCAUGAUCAGAAUGUGAUCCAGCACUGAACACACUGUGGGUGCUGGGUGAGAGUAUAGAAUGUGUAACAAAAUUUUACCCUGUAGUUUGUUUGUGAACAUCUCACUGAUUUUCAUUUACACUAAGGGCUAUUUACACAUCUAUGGCAGUGUAAACUAGUUACACCCAUUUUAAAGCCCCUUUAUAGCAUCACAGCCAUGUAAAAGAUUCUUAAGAUAUGUCAACACUAGAGACCUUCCAGAGGCACAGCUGCACCACUGUAAGGUGUCCUGUGUAACCGCCCUAUACCAAUGGGGGAGAGCUCGCCAGUCGGCAUGAUUAAACCACCCUGAAUGAGCAGCAGUAGCUAUGUUGGUGGGAGAGCGUCAAAAGUUUUACCAACAAAAGUGCUAGUGUAGACAUAGCCUUAGUGUAAAUGAAAAGCAGGACCCUGAAUAGUUGUCAUUGGACCGUACAAUUAGUCACCUUCAUCAGAUGGUAUUGUUUGCUUCCUCAUUGGAAGAUAUAAGCUUUACAAACAAGUGUCUCUUUCACAGUUUGCAAGGAAUCCAUGGGCAGUCAUAUUGUUUGUCUACUUUGUGAAUAGUAAAAAAAGGCUUUUCUUAAUGGUCGCAAGAUCUCUUAUGUGGGAAAGCUCUUGGAUGUUUAUUCACACGUAAAUUCAGGAUGGUUUUGUUUUCUGCAAAUGCUUUUUCAGAUAAAAACUUACUCUGAUGUUUAUGAAUAAAAGCAAUUGCAAUUGCCAAACAAAUCAGCAGGUUUUUUGUUGUUGUUUGCUUAAAGCAAGAAGAUGAACAAUAAAUGCUUAGUGGUUUUUGCCUACCUCUAGCAUGUGUGUGUGUGAGAGAGAGAGAGCAUAUAUUAACAACGAGGGCUUUGUGAGUUCUGUGCUUAAUCUAAAUGAGAGUAAUACAUAUACAGUCUUUCCUUCUGCUCACCUUUUAGGCCCUCAUCCUGUAAGCUGGUCUGCUCAAGUGAACCUCUGUAUCCAUUUAAAUUAAGGGGCCUGUGUGCGGGCUAAAGGACUACACAUGCAAAGUAGCUUGCAAGAUCAGGGCAGUGGAUAAGGUUAUCUAACUUAGUGGGACCUCUGCUGAGCAAGAGUUGCACGUUUGGGCUCCUAUCUUAGACAGUAAGAGUUGGCAAUUUAUUGCAAUCCCAUCAUUUCUGCAGAGUGGUACUGAGUGAAUGCCCACAAUUGUUUUAUUGGCAUGUGCUGACUCAGUGGAGCAAGGUUGCAUAGAUUCUGUUUUUCAGGAAGUUGCGGGGAGGGAAGGAAUUGUUGUUGCUCUGCAUCAGUCAGUGGCUGUCUUAAUUAAAUAAGGAAGAUGAUCUUCAUUUUUAAAUGUAAAUGUCAAUUCCACUUAAAGACAAUUAAAAAAUCACUGCAAAAUAAUGCAAGAAGAGCAGCGUCGGAUGCUUGAAUUAGCAUAUUUAUUUAUUUAAUUUUAAACAAAGUGGGAAGUUUCCUCUUUGGUUUUCCGUGUCUCUGCUAACAACUAGGUCGGUUAAUAAAUAAACUGAAGAAGAAAAACCCCUCUAUGUAAAUCUAAAGAAACAUUUAGAAAGAAUCUUAUUAAAAAACAGGAGAACUAAUUCUCCAAAGUUGUUACCUAAUACACUGACCAACUUUAAUCCUUAAACUGGGACAAUUGAGAGUUACUUGCAUUGUAUGGCAGGCCACUCUGAUUUUUUUUUUUUUCAAGUGCCUCUCUAAAGCUUGCAGUGCGGGCAUCUGUUCCAAGAGUUGCUGUGUUUUCUACCCCUAAAAAUAAAUGAAAUAAUCUGACAGUUGUCUGCUUCAAGAUUUACCAGCACCCUUAGGUUCAUAGUAGAUUAAUUUGAAAUCGGUGCAGAGGUUUUAAAAUCUACACAGUAUUGUGAUAAUCCAUGGUUAAACACCGUACAGUGGGAUCUGGCUACCUUAAAUUACAAAAGGUCUGAGCCAAAGGUGUGGAUCUGAAUUUUGUAACUCCUGUAAGAAGCAGAAUCCAAAUGCUAGAUCUGAACAUACCUGAAUUUACAGGUUUGAAAUUCAAACCCUAAUUUUGCUGAUGUUUCAAGGUGUUGGGAUGCAGCUGGCAGCAGCCAAUCAUGGGCACUGAACUGAAAUAUGAACCUGAGUCUAGAUUUUGUUUUCAGCCCUAUUUCUCCUUCCAAUGGGAUGGGUAAGAAGACAUUAAAUUUUACAGCAGCUGUGAAAAGCAGAAUGAAGUAUUUGCAAAACACAGCAAGCUGAUGUCUUGCAAAUAUAUGAAGUUCUUUGGCCUUCAUAGCUCAACCAGUGGUUUGUUGUUUUCAUGCUAAUACAAAUUCUUGUAUUAAUAAGAGCACGGCCUUGGGUUUCUUCAUCCGUAUGGGAAAAAGUUACUUGUCUGGUGGUAAACAAAGAACAGAAGAAUUGAUUCACUGUCUUCAAUUUUAAAAAGAUGGUAUGAAGCAAUAGUGGAGCAAUUUUAAUUGUAACUAUGUAACACUUGCGAUCAGUAAGAUCAUUUGUGUUCUGUUUUUAGGAAUUGGGGAACUAAAGAGUACAUAGAGCAUUAGAAAUGCAAAACAUGACCGCAUGUUCUCAGGAUUUUGUCAGUGUUACAUGAAAGAGCGCUUGUGCUGGGAUGCUCAACUCUGAGGGUAUUCUCUGUUUAGUGUGUAUUUACAGAGAUGUAUGAAUAUUUGAUUAAUGAGUCAUGGUCUCUGGAGAAAUUUAAUAACUGUACUGCUGUACAAAGCCAGCUCCUUAACUGUUAACACAGCUGCCAAUAGUGUCAUUGACACUGAAGCCCUUUCUGCAUCUAAUAUAUUCUGUGGAGUAAAUUCCUUCAUUACAAGGGGAUCUGUGGGACACAUUAUUCAGUUAUCUGUUUUGAACUGUUACAAGCUCAAUUUACAGAUCCUGAUUUGUAAAGAUUUUUCCAGUGGAAACAAGCAGUGACACAUGAGCUGUAAAACAGCAGUUUCAUGUGGUUAUGUUUUUACAAAAGUUAGUUGGAAGGUCAGAUUUACAAAGUGUUGUUUUAAAAACUUCUCUAUAUAUGAUGAUAAGGUCUGGGUACAAAGUAUUAUUACCUGCAACAUUAAUACAAAGUUUGUAUACUAUAAAA